AUGGCGUGUUUCAACGUCAGUGGUCACGUCACCAUCGGCAAGGGGCAAGCUACCAUGAUCUUAACACCUACGACCUCCGAUGAUCCCAUGACGACGACCCCGUCCAGCGAGUCCAGCGUAAUGGCAUCAGUGCAACCUGAGAGCCUCCAAUCGCAAAUCGAGACCAUCCGCUACAACAUCUCCAACAAUGUCAUAGAGGUCCACGACUCUCGGAAGCCGGUCACUCGCACGGUGCUCUCCACGAUGAUGUGCAACAUACAGCGGCAGUUGAGUCUAUCACCUGUCGGACUUGUCGGUCCAUGGCCACAGAUGGCAACAGAAAAAUUGGAACAAGUUCUUCGUGUUCCCAAGCGUGCUCGCAGCAAGCACAGCUCCCCGGCACAAGCACUUUGCGAUGGACAUGUGGAUGAUGGCCCCUCCUCAGAGAACGUGCUUCCCAAAGAGAAAAAUGGACGCAAGAGUCCCGUCUCGAGCUCAUCUUCAAGUUCUUCCAGUUCGGAGUCGGCAAGCUCGUCGCAGUCUUCUUCUAAGAAGUCAACCAAGCGCCAGAAGAAAACCGAGAAGGUAGCCUCGUCACCGUCGUCAUCAAAGUCGACAAAGUCAAAGCUUACCCCAGAGAUUGCGACGGACAUCUUGGAUUGCUUCCUGGUGGAACACCCCCAGUUUCUAGAGUUGGAGGCGAACAAGCAGGACCUUGAAGCAACUGUCGCCACCCUUGAGCAGCAAGUUGAAAAGCACGAGACUCGCAUCUUCAUCCUGGAGAGCGACAUCCAGGAGUAUGAGUACGAGAACGCACAACUUCGUCAGAAACUCGAGGAGCUCCAGAAAAACCUUCCCUAG